CCGCCUUGGACCCGUCCCCCUGCAGCUGCCGCCAUCCCGGGGUUGGGCUUCAGCCGAUGGACCCCCUUUAAAAGCCCCUGAAGGGGCGAUGAGGGGCAGAGCGCUGCCCCCCCCCCCCCGCCAUUGCCUUUCACAGGACCGUAGGCUUGGGGUGGGGGGGUCCUGUGCCCCCCCCGAACCCACCGCGAUGUCUCUCUGAGAUGUCCUGGGCCCUCCAGGUGGCUUCCAGCCCCCGGGGGGGCUUUGGUGGGAAGGAGGGUGGUUGAUGCUCCGGGGGCUAUUUCGGGGGGCACAGAUGGGAGUUUGGGAGAUGGGAAAUCUCCUCCUGGUUUUGCCACCCUUGUCUGGCGUGACCUUGGGAGGUGAACUUAAUCCCAUCUCCUCUCUAACGGGAAUGAAAAUACUUUCCCGUCUCUCCCGAAAAAGGAGCAGAUUCCUGGGAAGUUGCUGUAAGCUGAUCCGGCUGCUGCCAGUGCUGGAGAGUGGGAUGAACUGGCCGGGCUUUGCCUUGCAGAGAAGACGAGGGGAACUCCAUCCUCCUUGGCACGGCCACGCAGGCGGGAGGUUUGAUUCGGGAUCGGGCUUUUGCCUCCCAAAAAAACCCCGUGAAGGUGGGAAGGGAAGGCAAGAUGAAGGGAUUCAACCGAGGCCGCGCAGCCCCGGCGGAAGCAGAGCGGGAUGCAGCGUCCCGUGGCUCUGCCCUCCCACCGGCGGGGCACGAAGGCAUUUUAGAGCAAUAGUCACCAAAAGCAGUAAAAACACACCGUGGCUGGGAUAAAUUUUGGGGGUUUGUUUGGUUUUUUUUUAAAUGGUGCAAAGAGGAUUUUGCCAAAUAACGGAGUUAAACGGCCAAAGUGGCAGGGAACCCCGGCCAACUCGUUUGGGGUUUCCCCCACCCAUUUUUCCAAGCAGGUUUUGGGACCCUCCGCCGGGUUUUUCCCUUGCCCAGGCAGCAGACGUUGGGACGAAGCGAUUAAAGGAGGUAUUUCUGCCCGGGAUGGGGGUGCCGGAGCGAGCUGCGCUUGCACCGGGGCUCGUCCCCGGCAGCUUCAUGCAGGCUGGGGCCGAGUCGAUGCCAACCGACCUCUCCACCUCCUCCUCCCGUGCCCUUGGCGUCUCUCGAGCGAGAUAAUCCAGGCUGGGAAGCGCCCGCUGUGUGUCAGCGGCUCCGUUUUCUCCAUGGACGCAAUGUGCAUUCCCUUCCCGAGCCGGCUCCGGUCCCGGCAGGCUCCCCACAGCCACGCAUCCAGGCUCAACACAACCCCUCCAUUUGCUUGGAAAACUUUAGGAUCACCCCCGAGCGACCCCGGCUGUGCCUUUUCACUGGUGUUGGGAGACGAGUUGGGCCAGUAAAUGAGUUUUCCCGGACCCUCCUUUGGGAUUCAGCCGCCCCAGCCCCGGCACGGGGUUUUCCAGGCGUGAAGUUGGCUGAACACUGUGGAUGAGGAACGCUGGGGAGCUGCCAUGUCUCCUCCAAAAGCCUCCCAGCAGAGAAAAAAACCCUCUGUCUUAAAGAUUUCACCGUCCUGCCAGUACGGAAGCCGCCAGCGUUCCCUUACAAGCCCAGAUCUUCAGGAAUUUUACAGCUGGCUGUAAAUCCAUGCUCCGCAAGGCUUUACAUCAACCCUUCUGCAGUCCUGUGCCCGGACUCCAAGCCCUCCCAUGGUACCACGCCAGGGAAUUUGGUGCAGGGCCAAAAAGAACGGGGAGAAAAUGGGGUAAAAAGGAGAUUUACAUCGUUUCGCGGCUUAGCGGAAAGGUUUUGCUGCAGAGGUUGGGGCUGGCCAGUUCGGCUCCUCUCCCAGCAGGAGAAAAUGCCCCGUUUUCGGUUUUCCUUUCUCCCGCUGGUUCGCGGAGGGUGAGCUCGGGCGCAGGGAUGCUCGCCCCGGCCACGCGUCUCCAUCGGAGAUGGAUGGAUUUGACUCUGCCGGCAGCAACGCGUCGCAUCCCGUCCCCUGCCUCAGUUUCCCCAUCACUAAACGCAGCGACGUCUUAAAAGCGAUGCAGUUCAGAAGGAGAAAAAGGCAUUUUAAGAGGGAAGCUGACUUUUAAGGAGGGGAAAAAAACCCUCGCAAACUGCUCGGCUGCCCUCAGCUCCAGGUCUCCGCCACCCGCAAGUACGCUUUGAAAAAGAAUUCCCGCCGAUGGCGUCGUUUCCAGCCCGGAGCUUUCCGCUCCGAACGUGGUGGAAAAAAAUAAAUGGUGAGACAGCGGCGAGGGAUGCUCGGGACCGCGGUGUUGCCGUAACGCUUCAUUUCCAGGGAGCGGGACCCUGACUUGGACCCGUCCCCCUCCGCGUCGGUGACGGCUUCGCCGGGAGGAUCCGGGGGGGUGUCCUGCACCUCCGGGUGCCUUGGCGCGCGUGUCCCGCGGGGGUGCGGGCAUGCAGAGCCACCGCCGGGCAGGAACCGGCCUCUUCUAGGGCUCGUCCGCCUGAAGUCGGUGCGUGCUUCAGACUCCUCAGCCCAGGAUCGGAUCCUCCAUCCCGAGGAAUUCAUCCAGGGUUAACGACAGCGAGUAAUUAGCGCCGGUGUCGCCAGGUCCAAAACGUCUCCUGUUUAAUUAACCUCUUCGAGUUUCUCACCUGUGGCGAGUUUGUUCAAACUUCGAUUUCCACCCACUUGGGAUCCAAGUGGCUGCAUCUCUGACUCAUCAACACUUGUAAUUAACACGGCAAUUAUAUUCACAGUGAGACUCGGAGCAGUUUAAAUUAUCCUUCCCUUUUUUUUCCUCCCCCCCCCCCUUUUUUUUUUUUAAAUUAUUAUUAUUAUUAUUAUUUUGUGCAUUUCAUUUCCUUGCCGCCAUCUGUUGCGAAAUGGCUGUCUCCUUGCUGCGUGCACUUAACACCACCAUCUGGACAAAUUAUUUGUCCCAUUAAUUGCACCAAAAAAAAAAAGAAGGGGAAAAAAAAAAAAAAAAAAAAAAGAAAGUGCGAAGAAACGAAAUGAAAUGGUACAGCCGACCUGCUGAAGGAGAAGCAGCCCACUCCGAAAAGCCGAAGCACGCCGCCAAACCGCAUCCAGCCUGACAUUCCGAAAUGUCUGUUUAAUUGUCUGGUGCGCUAAUUGGUCUCUUUGCAUGGCACCGAGGGAAAAAAAAAAACAAUCUUUUUCUUUUUCUCUCCCCCCACGGGGCAGGCCUGAAUCUCCGGCUCGCGCAGGGGCGGGAGAUAAAUCCGGCGGAGCAGGGAUGUUAUUGCCCUCUUCAAGUUUUCGCCGCUCCGGUCGCGCUGGAAUAAAUCCGUGGCUCCCAGAGAGGCUUUUUAACUGGGGCUGGGAUGGAUGGGGAUGGGUGACGGCGAGGUCUGGCGUUUGCAGCGGCGUCGGGCGCUCCUUACGUCGGCAAAGGCCGAGAAAAACCAACACCCGCGUUAAAUUUUCGGUGCCGCAGGCUUUGGGGGCGGCUCGGCCCUUCAGCUCCGCUUCCCGAAGCUUUUUGGCAGCGCCGAGGAACAAUGAGGGAGGAAUUCUGUCGCGAGGAUGGGGAUGCUUUUUGGGUUAUCCCCUCUCGCCCAGAGCCUGGGAUCCUUUCGGGGAAGUGCAGGGGUCUGGGAAUUGUAGAGAAGAGGUUAAAAACGCUGGUGUCGCCUUAUCUCUUGUGCCAACCUCGCGGGUGGAGAUGGAGGUGGGCCGGAGAAGCAGCCGAAGGAGGAAGUUUUGCGGCGGCAGGACGGCCCUGUUUGGGCUAAAGAUUGCGGGAAUAGGCAGAUAAACGGUUUCGGCGCAGAAUCUUGUAGGUCGCGGUGCUCGGAGCGAAGAGCUUUUACUUGAUUCUCCCGUGAAACGAAUAAUUAAAGUUUCCGCCCCUGAAUACGAUAGUGAGCUUGGUGAAGAACGUGCUAAACAUACAGGAGUGUAGCACUCGCCUCUCCGCUCAAAGGGUGUUAAACGUCACCCCAGAGAGGGGAACAGCCUAAGCCAGGAGCGCCGCAACCCGUCCGGAGGAGCGGGAGGCCGCAGCCAGCCCCAUCUCCUGCCGGGAGCGUUCCUUCACCCCGGAGCCGACAGUCCCCUCGGGAAAGAGCAGAUUGACUUUUCUACUUCUUGCGGCCGGCGUCGGGGGCUUGGGAGAGCUGCUAAGCAUCACGCGGAGACUUUGGGGACCCGCUCUGGGCUUCAACAUGUGGAAGGUCUGAGCCCUCUCCCACCUUCGCCGGGACGCCAUGGACACCGAGGCCGUGCAGCCCCAGGAGGCUUCGCUGACGGUUAACGAGCAGGUUAUUGUCAUGUCCAGCCAUGAAACCAUCCGAGUGCUGGAGGUCGGCGUGGAUGCCCCGCUCCCGGCCGAGGAGGACCGGAAAGCCGUGGAGAUGCCAGCGGGGGAGGUAGCGCGGGGCUCCCCGGGAGAGACGGGGCCCCCGGGCAGAGAGGACGUGCCACCCAGCACCCAGAGCUCCUGCAGCGGGGAGCCGGCCGGCAAAGCCAAACCGGCCACCGGAGCGUCUCCCAGCACCGUCCCCUCCCUCGGCACCUUCAGCCACCCCACGAGCCAGCAGCCGCAGACGUUGGCCCCGCUGGCCGUGCAGGCCACCCCGCAGGUCUUGACUCAGGAAAACUUAGCAACAGUUGUGACAGGAGUAAUGGUUCCAGCAGGGACAGUUACUCAACCUCUUCUUAUCCCCAUCAGUAUUGCAGGUCAAGUGGCAGGUCAGCAGGGGCUGGCUGUGUGGACAUUUCCUACAGCAACGGUCGCUGCCCUUCCCGGAUUGACGGCUGCUUCUCCUACAGGGGGAAUUUUCAAACCGCCUAUAGCCAAUUUGCAAGCCGCCGCCGUGUUGAACACAGCCAUCCAAGCGCCGGUGCAGCCUGCCCAGCCGCUGCAGGCUGCCGUCCAGCCCCGGGCCCCCCUCCAGCCCCCCGGCGUCUUCCCCGCCGCGCCCGGCCAGCCCCCCAUCCUGCCACAGCCCCCCGCAGCCCCCACACCGCCCGUGGCCAAGCCCUUAGAGACGCAGACCCAGAUCACCGUCCAACCUGCCGGAUUUGCCUUUAACCCUGGCAUAAUCAGCGCGGCUUCUCUCGGGGGCCAAACCCAGCUCCUGGGCUCCUUGGCGGCCGCCCCCGUGAUCGCUAACACCAUCUCCAGCGUGCAGGGCAUCACGGGCCAGAUCCUGACCAACGCCCAGGGCCAGGUGAUCGGGACCCUGCCGUGGGUGGUGAACCCCCCCGGGAUGGCGGCCAGCCCUGUCCCGGCCGCGCUGCCGGCCCAGAACCUGCAAGUACAGACGGUGACACCCCAGCUGCUGCUCAAUGCCCAGGGCCAGGUCAUCGCCACGCUGGCCGGCAGCACCAUCCCGGCGGCCGCCAUCAAGAAAACCGGCACCCCCGAGCCCCCCACCAAGAACGAGGUCCAGCCCAUCCAGCCGGCCCCAGCGCUCUCCCAGCCCGCCGUGGUGAUGGCAAACCCUGCCCCGGCAGCGAAGGCUUCCUCCGCGCCCGUCCCCAUCACCUGCUCCGAGACCCCCACCGUCAGCCAGCUGGUCUCCAAGCCCCCGGCUCCCAACAGCAGCGCGGAGGAGGACGGGAUUAACCUGGAGGAGAUCCGGGAAUUCGCCAAGAACUUCAAGAUCCGGCGCUUGUCCCUCGGGCUGACGCAGACGCAGGUGGGACAGGCCCUGACGGCCACCGAGGGACCCGCGUACAGCCAGUCGGCCAUCUGCAGGUUCGAGAAGCUGGACAUCACCCCGAAAAGCGCCCAGAAGCUGAAACCGGUGCUGGAGAAAUGGUUGAGCGAAGCCGAGCUGCGAAACCAAGAAGGGCAACAAAACCUGAUGGAAUUCGUCGGGGGGGAACCUUCCAAAAAAAGGAAGCGCCGCACCUCCUUCACCCCCCAGGCCAUCGAAGCCCUCAACGCCUACUUCGAGAAGAACGCCUUGCCCACCGGCCAGGAGAUCACCGAAAUCGCCAAGGAGCUCAACUACGACCGCGAAGUCGUCCGCGUCUGGUUCUGCAACCGCCGCCAGACCCUCAAAAACACCAGUAAACUCAACGUCUUUCAAAUCCCCUAAACCGGGGAGGGGGAUGUGCCCCCCCUGCCCCGACACACACCCACCCCCCCGACCCCAUCGCCCACCCCUUCCCCCCGCCGACCUCCUGCCAUCAGCACUUUUGCCACCGACUUUGUCCCCCCCCCGGCCCCGCGGUGGGGGGCUGGGGGGGGCUCCACCACCCCGCCUCCGCCCGUAGCUGUGUCCGUGUGUCCGUCUCUCCCCUUUCCUCCGCAUCACACAUGACCUAAGCGUGUUCGCGUCGGGCGUCGCGCCUGCCUCCUGCCUCCUCCUGCCUGCGACGCGCGUGGUGACAGCCCCCCUGCCUGCACGCGCCUCUCCUGCCCCCCGAGUGUCGUGUCCCCCCCCCCUCCCACACACACACACACAAAAAAAAGGAGUGAUUUUCAUUUUUUGGUCGUUUUCCCGUGUUUCCGCGGUCCGCGGUAGCGUCGCGGCUCGUUAGGGGUGAGCCCCGAUUUAAUUUCACACACACCCCCCCGCCCUGCUUUGAUUUCGGCGGUCCCCCACCUCCUGCCCACCAGUGCGAGGGGCUUCUCGGUGCCACCCCCGCGCCACGGGGGACGUUGUGGUGGUUGGGGACUUCACCACCAUCCCGAGAGGGGUUCUGGGGGGGUGAACCCCAUAGCAGAGGCAGCACCCCCUCCCCGCCUCCCCCCACCGUCACCUGGGGGCCAGGCGGGUUGGGGGACUCCAUCCCUCGCCCCCGCCCGAGCCCGGGGAGCGACGGGGAGAGGUUUGAGGUGGCUGGAAGGGGGAGGUU